AUGGACUCUGGUCAAUCUGCAGUAGUUUACCGCGGCUACUUUAAGAAAAAGCCGAUUGCCUCUGACCAGCCGAUUGCUUACUCGGUCCGAAUCGACGGGCGCGACCUCUCUGUAAUCGCCAAUCCAUCAGCAAGGAGCCAUGUCCUCGUGUCGGGGGGAUUUGGUGGUGUCGCAUCAGCAAAGAAGGAAGGUCUCAUUAAGGGAGCUUGGUCGUUCACGGAUUUCAAGGGAAAUGCGUACAAGUGGGAUGUCAAGUUUAGUGGCAGCAAGUGGUGGCUGUAUGACGCGGUGAACCAAGAGGUUGCUUUCUUUGAGCGAAAGCCAUGGAGAGUUGAGAUCGAAGGGUUCCUGUUCAUCCGACAGCGCGGCCACCUACAAAAGUUUGACAUCAACAAGUCCAUGAUAAUCAAUUCGCACCCGGUCAGUACCCGGAUCGACGAGUUCUUUAUUGAGAGUAGCUACGCGGAGACAUUCAUCCAAAAGAUGAUUGAUGGCAAGGCUGCUUCGUCUAUCGGCAUCGAUCCGGCCACCACACCGUUUUCCGAUAUACUAAACACCACCAGCCCGUCUUCCAUCGUGCAACUGGAUCAGUGGAACCAGCAGCUCGCCGAGAUGGUCAUUGGGAUGCAGCAGCGACUGGCAGAGCUCAUUGCUAACCAGCAUGCGAAGUCUGCGCUCUCUCCACCUCAACUUACAACGUCAAAGGCGCCGGCGGCUCUAGAUAUGGACAAGGCUGGCAUUGAUAUCUCCACAGCAGUGCCUCAAUGCGACUGUCCAAGCGAUAUCAAAUACAGAGUUCGAAGGAUCUACACAGUUGACUGUGUCAAAGACCGCUCAAUUUCAGUCAAACGACACCUACAAAAGUACGGUAUUACCAGCUCGAUGAUCAUAUAUUCUCACCCGAUUAACGACCGCUUCGACGAGUUCAUUGUUGAGAGCACUUACGCGGACACGUUUGUACAUGCUCUGUACGAUGCGCAUGCCGUCGCAGUUAUCGGCUAUAAUCUUUCCGGUGUUGUCAGUCAGGCGAUAUCGCUGGGCGCGCCGGUGCCAACCUAUAGCCAGUACUGCCGCAGCCUAGUCAGUGCUUACAAAAUUGCGCGAGGAACGAAGCAGUUCCGAAGCAAAGAGUUUCUGCAGGAGUACGCCGCUGAGAUUGGCAUCAGGCUGCUGUAG